AUGCCACCAAUGGCUGCCGCUGCUGUUGAGAAAAUGGAGGUUGAUGAAAAAGAAGCCAGAAGUUGUAGCAGAACCACCAAAAGAUGUGAAUGCUAUUGCAGUCGAAAAUAUCAGAGAACAAUUGUCUUUGUUGGAUAAAGCUGAGGCUCAUUUGAUUGGCAGAGUUUUACAAACUAUCCCAAAGUUCCGGAAAACUUUGAAUAACCAAGUGUUAAACAAACUCGUUCUUACUCAAAUCAGCCAUAACGCAAUUUUCGCAGAACAAGUUUUGAAAUAUGUACCAUACACUGCUCCACCAACUCCAAUUGUUGUGGAUAACACUCCUCAACCAAUGGAUACAACACCAUCAAAACCAUCCAAAGCUUAUAAGAAAUCAUUGAAGCCAAUCUAUUCAAGCACCGAAUCAGACAGUUUCUUGCGACUUUUGAUCAUUAUUCAUUUGUACUCGCAAAACAAAUAUGCUGAGGCUUUAGAGCUUUGCGAUUUGCAAAUUAAGAUCUGUAAGUGCAUUUCUUGAUGAAAGUUAGGAAUUCUUCAUUGUUUCAGGCGACAAACAAGACAAACGCAAUUUGGAUCAUUUCGCAGCUAAAACAAUCUAUUAUCUUUGUGUGAUUUAUGAAAAACAAGGAAGACUUUUCGAACUUCAAGGAUUCCUCAAUUCUCGUUUGAGAACUGCAACUCUCCGUCAUUUCACAGAAUCACAAGCUGUUUUAAUCUACUCACUUCUUCGUUGUUAUUUGAUCAAUCGUCAAUAUCAAUCAGCAGCUCAUCUUGUCUCAAAAGUUGCUUUCCCAGAAAACGCAUCAAACAAUGAUUUGGCUCGCUACAUGUAUUAUCAAGGACGUAUAAAAGCUCUUCAAUUGGAUUAUACCGCCGCUGCUGGAUAUUUUCUUCAAGCUCAACGAAAAGCGCCACAAGAAGGAGCGAUUGGAUUCAAACAAACUGUUCAAAAAUGGGUUGUUGUUAUUAGUUUGUUGCAAGGAGAAAUUCCAGAAAGAAAUGUUUUCCGUCAACCAAUUUAUCGCAAAUGUUUGGCCGCCUAUUUGGAUUUGACACAUGCUGUUAGAUUGGGAGAUAUUGUGAGAUUUAAUAAAGUUUUGGAACAAUCAGCCAAAGUUGUAAGUUUUCCUCUAAAUUGAUUUCGCUUUUAUAUAUAUAUUUUUGAAAAUUUUCAGUUUGAAGCUGAUGAUACUUUGACUUUGAUUGUCCGACUUCGUCAAAAUGUUAUCAAAACUGCAAUCAAACAAAUUUCAUUGGCUUAUUCAAAAAUCUUUAUCAAAGAUAUUGCCAAGAAGUUAUUGAUGGAUAAUGAAACCGAAACUGAAUAUAUUGUUGCAAAAUCAAUUGCUGACGGUGCAAUUGAUGCUGUUAUCACAAGCGAAACAAAAGACAGUCCAAGAUAUAUGCAAAGUAGUGAAACUGCGGAUAUUUAUCGAACUGCUGAACCACAAGGACAUUUCGAUUCGAGAAUUCGCUAUUGUCUUGAAUUGCACAAUCAAGCGGUUAAAGCAUUGAGAUAUCCACCAAAAAACAAGAUAUCUUUCGAAAAUAUUGAACAGCAACGUGAAAGAGAACAACAAGAACUUGAAUUGGCAAAAGAAUUGGCCGAAGAUGAUGAUGAGGAUUUCUAA